AUGGCAACGACUACACAAUCAACCCCUGCGCCAGCUUUACCUCCUCCUCCUGGCAUUACGUCAAACUUCGAGCAUCCGCUAUCUCUAAAAGAACAGAACAACAUUGCCAUUGGAGUCGCUAUCCCUUUCUUGACCAUUUUCUUCGCACUCCGCGUAUACACCAGAAUCUGGAUUAGACGGUCAUGGAUAUUUGAGGAUUGGCUUGCCACUAUCGCAUUCAUAGGAACAAUCUCAUUCUGCGGAACCGGAGCUGCUACUAUGAACCACAAUGGCGGAAAGCAUGAAUGGGAUAUAACUCGUGCUGACGCUCGUGAAGCGUCUUAUUGGUUCAAUAUAGCUUCCAUCCAUUACGGCAUUACCAUUUGCAUUGCGAAAGUUGCGGUCUUGUGGCUUUACCGAAGGGUAUUUUCGCCUGUUCGAUGGAGCCCCUUCGACCUCAGCAUUGUGUUUCUUAUCGUUCUCCUAUCACUAUUCUACACUGCUGUCAACAUUGUCAAAAUCUGGGAAUGUGUUCCAAGGGAGAAAAUAUUCGAUCCGACCAUACCAGGCCAUUGCAUCGAUACAAGCAUGCUACUGAAUAUCAGCGGGCUCUUCAAUACAGCUACCGAUUUUAUUAUCCUAUUGCUUCCUGUCAAGGCAGUAUGGCACAUGAAUAUGAACCUCAAAAAGAAAACGACAGUCGUAUUAGUCUUUACAUUUGGGUUGAGUGCUCCUGCUUUCAGCUUAGCAGGCGUUAUUGUUCGCAUUAAAGGGAGCUCAAACCCAGAUAAGACCUGGGUCCAGCCAGAGAUUAUUCAAUGGGGACUUGCUGAGCUCACCACGGCCGUCCUUUGCGUCUGCUUUCCAGAGCUUGGACCCCUUUGGAAGAAGCAAAGACCACCAAAGGGUCCAAGUUCAAGCAUCCUGAACGGUAGACUGAAGAACAUCUUCUCUCGGAAGGAAAAACGCAGUGACCUCUCAACAGCCACUUCUUCGUAUUAUACCGCAAGCAAGAUUGAACAGGGUCCCAAUGUGGAAUUGGUAGAAAACCCUUCAUGUAAAAAUCAAGUUGCUCUUCAGGGGGCCAAACCCGCCAGGGGAAGGGAGCAAGAAGCAGCAGAGAAUAAGGCUCGAAAAGCUGGAUUCUAA